AUGUUUCUUGCACUCAGCCAACAGAUUUAUCAUCAGCUGGAUUUAGAGGUCAAUGCCCUUGAAGUCAGGGACAUGGUGGUUGACCAUCUGCAGAAAAACCCCCGAACGAUUGAUGGUACACAUCUGAGGAACUUUGUUCCGGAAAAAAAGGAGUGGAACACAUAUUUGGACGAGAUGCUGCAGAAAGGGACAUGGGGAGACAAUCUCAUGCUGAUGGGAGCGGCAGACGUCCUAGAAGUCACGAUUAAAGUCAUUAGCACAUGGUCAGAUGAGCCCAUAGUCAUCAAACCCAGGGAAAAAAAGGCCAGCCUCAGAACACUAUGUCUAGGUCAUCUGGCAGAGUUCCACUAUGUCAGCUUGGAAAAAAAAGACCAGAAGUGCAGAACUUGCCACCAAACGCUAAGUGUCUGCAGAUGUGCUGUAAGCAUUAAUGCUGACGCUUCUGACAAUGAUGACAGCUGUAGGUCACCCAGUCUAUCAAGUGGAGAUGAAUCAGACAAUGAUGGUUCCCCUCGAGUCACAGCUGAUUUCUUUGAAAACAAGAAACCAGAAGUUUGCUGUUACAUUAAGAGCCUUUUACAGGGAAGGUUCAGUGAGGACAAAGAAGGACGUGGUGAGAGACACAACUGGUUUGUUACCAAGUAUCCCUACCAUGAAGUCAAGGCUGGAUUUGGGUCAGAUUUUGUGUCUGCUGAAAUGUAUGGGCACAUACUUCAGUGGCUGGGGCAAUCCUUGACACGCCGUCUAGUGAGGGAUAAACGUCGCCCUUACACUAAGUCAGUGACUCAGAUCUUUACUGUGCCGGAUGUUGAUGCAAAUCUCAGGGAACUUCCAAUGGAGUACACACAGGCUGCAUGGCACUACAUUCUGUAUGUGGCCAUUAAGGAAGUAAUCGUAUUCCUUGCCGAGAAACUGACAGGGAGAACCUACUCUUCAAUCAACCCAGAGUGUCAAAGGACAGAAUUGCAUCCAAAAGAGCUUUAAUUGCAUAAUUAUGAUGCUCUUUUGAAAGGGUUACUGUUUUAAUGAAUGCAGCCAACUCAUUGAUGCCUUGAUGUGGUUUGGUUGUUCGCUGUACCUUUCUUUCAUUCACAUAAGGACCAGUGAAGAUUCCAGGGUAGAAUAAGUCUUCAGCAACCCAUGCUUGCCGUAAAAGGCGACUAUGCUUGUCGUAAAAGGCGACUAACAGGAUCGGGUGGUCAGGCUC